UAUACGCGUUGUGCCCACAACGUUGUGCUCACAACACUAUGUGUCUACAUGUGUUGUGACUACUCAUGACCCGUUUUCCAUUUUGUGUUGUGGAACGAAGAACUUGAAACAUUUGUGUUCGAGAUUUUGAGCGGGUGAUAUACUACCGAGACCGACAUACACAGUACACAGGAUUUUGUCUGCUUUUUACAAGAUAUAGAAUAUAGAUAUAUAGAAUUUUAUAGAUUCAAAUGGAUACAAAUAAUGAAAUUAUUUGUUUAACUGCAAUAUGCGCAGCAGCAAAUGUUUUAUUUUUGCUAAAUGAAGAAAAGGAAAAAAAAAGAAAAAGACAAGGGAAUGGUCAAAACCUUGGAGGCUCCGCAGGAAUACAAAAAGUUCUUUUAAACUUUUAAAUGACGAACUACGCUUAGAAGAUAAGGACGCGUACAGGCGUUAUCUUCGUAUGAACGAGGAUUCUUUUAAAGAACUUUUAAGCAUAGUGCAGAACUCAAUUCAAAAAAGGAAUUCUGUUAUGCGAGAAGCUAUUCCUGCGGAGGAAUCUUUAGCGAUGGUCCUUCGAUUUUUGGCUACGGGGGAAACUUUUCGAAGUUUGGAUUUCCAAACCCGAUUAUCUCGGUCCCAUAUUUCCAACGUCAUGAUAGCUUGCUGCAAGGCAAUAUACGAUGGCUUGAGGAAUAAAUAUCUUGAAUUCCCAUCAACAGUCCGACAAUGGGAAGAAAUCGCCAACAGCUUCGAAAACAAGUGGCAGUUUCCUCUAUGCCUAGGUGCCUUAGAUGGAAAGCAUAUAGCUUUCAGAGCUGCAAAAACAGACGGUGCCUAUUAUUAUAAUUAUAAAGGUUUCAAUAGCAUCGUACUUUUGGCCAUGUGUGAUGCAACUUAUAAAUUUACAUAUAUAGAUAUAGGCUGCAAUGGCAGAAUAAAUGACGCAGGCGUGCUCAACCGAGGUGACUUGCGUGGAAUUAUUGAUCAAGCGCAUCAGUAUUUUCCACCAGAUAAAGUGAUAGGUAACAACAAAAAAUUACCUUAUGUUAUCAUUGGUGAUGAUGCUUUUGCGCUUGAAAAGCAUGUCCUUAAACCAUAUCCCUACAACAGCAAGGAAGAAAGUAAAAAAAUAUUUAAUUUUCGUUUAAGCCACGCAAGGCAAACGAUUGAGCACGCCUUCGGAAUGUUAGCCAACCGAUUUCGUGUUUUCCAAACGGAAAUUCACUUAAGACCUGAAAAAGUGCAGGAGAUAGUCAGAACAUGCUGCCUUCUUCAUAACUUUUUGUUGACAAAAAACGGAAAUUCCGAAUUCCCUUCUGCUGUUUUAAGAAGUGGAGAACAACAAGAAACUGCUCCUAACACUGCAAGAAAUCCACAAAAACUGGCAUCCUCUAUUCGUGACACAUUUGCGGAUUAUUUCCAAAAUGAAGGCGAACUACCAUGGCAGUACCAAUAUAUUUAAAAUAAAAAAAGUUUAAAUAUUUUUAAAAUUUAAUUUCUUUCAUUUUUCAUUACAAAAUUAACUCUUUUCUUAAACUUCCUAUUUAAACAUUCAUUAUCUUAGGCUAUAAGUUCUUAAUGAUAAUAAAUUAAUAAUAACAAACAUUAAUAUCUCAGUCUAUUAGUUCUUAGUGACAAUAAAUUAAUAACAAACAAUAAUAUCUCAGUCUAUUAGUUCUUAGUGACAAUAAAUUAAUAACAAACAA